UAACUACGCACGCGUCUUCUCCUUCCCAUGCUCCCAUCUUGCUUAGUGAGGAUGUCAUGGCGGCUCCCAGAGGCCGGCGAUUGCACAUGGAUUAGGCUGGGCAGAGAGUCUUGUCACGCACUGAAGGAAGUGACUGUAGAGCCAACAACAGCUUCGCCGUUUGUGCCGCUGCAUCUGGGGACAUCUGAGGAGGGGCGCCGGGAAAAUGAGAGCGCUGGAGCGGGUCCUACUGAGGGGUUUCCCCAGUGCGGAGGAAUCUCCGCGGUGGAAACAGAAUGACACGGCUUUGGCUGCAGAAAGUGGGUCCUUGUUGCAAUUGCUGUUGGAAGGAAAUUAUGAAGUCAUCUUAUUAAGUGAAGCAGUUCAGAAUAUCUUCACAGUACCUGCAGCAGCCAAAGAAGAGAAGUUUGACAGCUAUUUAGAAAAACAGAUUCAAGCUUAUCUGGACUGUUCUUCUGUAGAUGUUGAUAGUGUGGAAAGACAAAGUGUGGUAUUUCUGCUUGGUGUGGGGAGUUUGCAGUUGUUUGUUCAGAGCAAUUGGACUGGCCCUCCUGUUGAAUUGCAGCCCCAGGACUUCCUGCCACCUGAAUUACUGCAACAAUAUACUGAGCCCAGUGUACUGUCUGCAGCUAUUCUGAGCAUGUUGGUUCUAGAUGGUGAAUCAAUCUAUAGUCUGACCUCCCAUGCUGUCUUGCUGAUUCUUGCUAGAACAGUUCUUGUAAAUUCAAGACAUAAGCUUGAAGCUGUUCAGACACUGCCUUGGUGGAGUCUGCGAUGUGUGAACAUCCAUCAGCAGUUGUUGGAAGAAAGAUCACCUGAACUUUUUACUGUUGCCCAGGCCUGCAUACAGCAAGUAUUGGAAAUUGAGGCUUUGUUUACAGAUGAGGAAUGCUGGCACCUUGCUGUUCAAUUCCAUUUAGAGUGUGCUUACACCUUUUUGAAUUUUUAUGAGUAUAAAAAAGCCAAACAACACUUCCUUGCAUCUAAAGACAUUACCAAGUUACAGAUUGAAUUGACAGGUGCUCUGGGAAAAAGAACACAAUUUCAGGAAAAAUAUGUAGCACAGCUUAUAUUAGAUGUUCAGAGGAAAGAUGGCAUCCUUCUUCCUCACCGGGAGCUUAGUCCAGCACCAACACCACUAGAAAAUUUAACACAGAAUUAUGCUCUAAAUGAUGACACAGUACUAAAUGAAAUAAAGUUUGAAGAAUCUCAUCUGAACCAGGUGCCUGACUUGUGUGCAGAAGAGCUUGCUGUUAUCCUUGGAAUUUGCAUAGACUUUCAGAAAAACAACCCAGUCCAUAAACUCACUGAAGAGGAGCUACUCGCUUUUACAUCAUGUCUUCUUUCACAACCAAAGUUCUGGGCAAUUCAAACUUCUGCUCUGCUUCUCCGGACAAAACUUGAGAGAGGAAGUAUUCGUCGAGUGGAACGGGCAAUGAAGCAAACUCAGGCUCUUGCAGACCAAUUUGAAGACAAGAAAACACCAGUUUGUGAACGUAUGAAACUUUUUUACAGUUGCCAGGUUCCUCCACGUUGGGCUAUACAGCGCCAGCUUGCAGGUUUACUGUUUGACCUCGGAUGUACCAGUUCAGCUCUUCAGAUCUUUGAAAAGCUUGAAAUGUGGGAAGAUGUAGUUAUCUGUUAUGAAAGAGCAGGACAGCAUGGAAAGGCAGAAGAAAUAUUAAGGCAAGAAAUAGAGAAAAAAGAAACACCAGCAUUGUAUUGCUUACUUGGAGAUGUUCUUAGAGAUCAUUUUUAUUAUGACAAGGCCUGGGAAUUGUCACAGCAUCGCAGUGCAAGGGCUCAGCGCUCCAAGGGUCUUCUUCACCUUCGCAACCGCAGUUUCAAGGAGUGUAUAGAGUGCUUUGAACUCUCCUUACAGAUUAACCCUAUGCAGUUGGGGGUGUGGUUUUCCUUGGGUUGUGCGUACUUAGCUUUGGAAGAUUAUGAAGGUGCAGCCAGAGCAUUUCAACGAUGUGUGAUGUUGGAGCCUGAUAAUGCUGAGGCUUGGAACAAUUUAUCAACUGCAUAUAUCAGACUAAAGCAGAAGAUCAAAGCAUUCCGGACCCUUCAGGAAGCGCUCAAAUGUAAUUAUGAGCACUGGCAGAUUUGGGAAAAUUAUAUUCUUACCAGUACAGAUAUUGGAGAGUUUUCAGAAGCUAUUAAAGCUUAUCACAGGCUUAUGGAUUUACAAGAAAAGUACAAAGAUAUCCAGGUGCUUAAGAUACUGGUGAAGGUAGUAAUGGAUGGAGUGGCUGAUCGAAAUGGAGAGACAACAACAGGAUUAAAGGCAAAGCUGCAGGCACUCUUUGGCAGAGUGACUUCCAGAGUGACAAGCAAUGGAGAAAUCUGGAGAUUAUAUGCAAGACUCUAUGACAAUGGGCAGAGUGAUAACUAUGAAGAUGCUGAAAAGGCGCUGCAGUAUCUCACCAAAGCACACAAAUGUGAAAUCCAAUCAAGGGACUGGGACAAAAAUAUUCUGUCUUUUAAGGAAGUGACAAAAGGUGCUAUAGAGCUUGCACAUGUGGCAAUAAGAUGCAGCAAAACCAAGUCUAAUCACCAGGAAGCCCUACAAAUACUCUCUUCAGCUCGACUCAACUUACGUAGUUUGACAGCCAAAGCCAAGCAUUUUUCAGAUGUAACAAAUGUCGAAUUUUCUGGCGAUCUAGCUGAAGAAAUGACAGCAAUGGAGAACCUGAUAGUGGAAUUGCAAGAACUUAGUAAUCAGCUAAGGAAUCACACAUGAAAAAAGAAGAUACACUUUCCUGGAAGGAAGGAGAAAGACUGCUGCUCUUCAUUUGCUACAGUUUGUGCUAAUUAGCUUGCACUGUUAAUAUGGCCAGGCUAUUCUCUAAUAAUGAUAGGCUUUUAAUUGUGGUCAGCAUUGCUAAGAUUGUAUGGUGUUUCUAAGGUCAUGAUUGUUCAAUUUCGAGCUGAGUGUUUGUGUGAUUUUUCUGCUGCCGUAGGCUUUCACAUAGCAUGUGAAAACCUUUAUAGGAACAAAAUGGAUGAGUUUCUAUUUAGAAGGCCUUUAUAUAGGAUUAGUUCUGCUUGAGUGCAGCCCAUAAUUGGCUCCUGUCCAUAGACAUGCAUUUUGCAGAUAGGAAAGAUUAAUGAGUGCUGGUGAUGCUAGAGACAGAAAGCAAGGGAGAGAUUUGAGUUGCUUUUGGUUUAAUUGUGGGUGAGGUUAGAAGAUGCAAAAAAAAGUCUACAAAAAUUGUAAUCUUUCUAAAUGGCUGUCUUCUGUCAUGUGUAAGAGAAAUGCAAUGCUGUAUUCUGUCCUAGUGGCUGUAUUUUGUUAGCGAUUGUGCAUUUAUAGAGAAUGGGCUGCAGCACAGUCCUUUAGAUGCAGUGGCAGCAUCUUAGUUCCCCAUUCCAGCCAACAAUGCUAUAAAGUAUGUUAAGAGAGUGACUCAGCCAAGAUGACUCAGUGUGCUCCUUUGCUUGCUUGGAAAUUCUGUGCAGCUCUUCAGCACUGGAACAAUGGGCCAUCCACAGUCCCUCUCCCAUAAGAUUUUUAUUUGCAACCAUUGGUAUGGCAACCUUAAUAGCAUCUGCUACAUCGAACUGGAUUCUUCUCAGUGUUGCUCUACAAGUUGAGUCCUUAUGUUGGAAUCAUAUUUCCUCCUCUGGAUCCUAUCAGGUUUCUGCCUAAGCAGAUGUUUGAAGUAAAAAUGUCUCAUCUUUUCUAGCAUGUCUUGAAUCCUACCCUUCCUUUCCACUUGUGGCCUUCACUGUGACCACGCAUGAUGACUGUGGAGAAUCAAUUUGGGUGGCAUAAAAGAGUGCCUAGGGGGCAGUUGCUGUUCAAGCAGUGUAACUCUGUUCACGUUGCAUAGUAUCCAAGUAAUUGUUCAUAACUUCUACCUACCAGUUAUGUCCCUUCUCUUUUUGCCUCAUAUAGAAUCAUAAUCUCCAGCUUCCUUUUUUGGAAAGAUGUUCUAUCUGAUAGUGUUAUCUUCUCCACCUCAGCACUUUGAAAUGGGAGACCAGAGCAAUACAUAAUAUAGAUAUCUGCUGUUUCAGUUACUUUUCUAGUAAUUUGUAAGAAUAAAUUAGCUUUUUUACAUAACUUUUGUUACAGAAAAUGACAAAAUAUUACUAAAUAUCAUAAAUAGUAAAUAUAUGUGUUUAUAACAUUUACAGAGUUACUCUAUCAACAUUAUAAAAUAGUCAUGAAACUGCAAGUAAACAAACAAUGAGAGAAUUUCUUUUAUGUUUGAUUGGAUUUCCUUUUUCCAUUGCCACACUGGGUUUGUUUCUAUUUUGAUUCCACAAAUAAAAAGAUUUCUGUAUUCUAA